AAUAGGUAGGUAUUCAAAACAACGAACAGCCGGCCGCAGUACCCGCACCCGCAGUUUUUAAUCAAAAACUACAGCAGUACGUGUGUUUUCUUUCGGUAAUUUAUUUAUUAUGUACUUCCAAAUAACGUGACGAGCUUGACCUCCGAAGAAAGACUAUAAACUCUUGAAAAACGUUGAUGAAACUUCUCGUAAUAAAUUCGUUAUUUACCUACUCUUCAGAUAACCUAACGCACAGCCGGUAUGGAAGCAAAAAGUGAAAUAUUCGCACAAAGAUUGAUUAUAGCGGUUUUAUGGAACAUUGGAUUACAGACAUCUAUCGCGGUGUCGUUGGUUUUGCUCAUACAAAUUGAUUUACUACAUCCAUUGUCAUGGAUUACUUCUACAUUCUCAGACAUUUUUGGGUGGAAAAUGGGUCUUAACAUAAUACUGCUUGGUUUGGUCUCCUUCUUCCAUGCCUAUAUAUAUGGAAGUUAUUAUGCUAUUCCAGUGCCAAAAUAUUUUACCAGGUUUUCAUUGUUUUUGAAUUUGUUUUCUAUACAAAAUAUUACUUUUAGCAUUCUUUAUGCUUUGAGUGGAUAUUUUACCAUGAGUUUGUAUUCCUCUUUGGCUAAAAGUAAUUUCAAUACUCUUAAGAAGAAAUGUGACCACUUCGAUGGACAGUGUCUCAUUGAGCAGAGUUUAUUUUUACAAUUUGGUGGAAUGUGGAUGGGUUUAUACUAUUUCUUAAACACACAUAUUUUAAGCCCUACUCUUCUUUUAUUUCCACAUAUAUAUCAAGACAAAUUUCAACAGAUCAAGCUUGCUGUGAGCAACAUUCUUUCCACAGGAUUUAAGAAUUCCAUACUACCCGUUGUUUAUUAUUGUUUAUUCUACUACAUAUGGGGAAGUAAACCAAGAACUGUGGUAUCAGAGGUGUACAGUAUAUAUCUGGAAGAUCCACCGUUGGACAAUUUAUUCAACCUAUUUGCAUCUGGUAUUUGGAUUGGACUUUGGUUUUAUACCAGCUUAUUCUUCAUAUCUGUGUACACAAUGAGAACUGUCUUUAAUAUUGUGCUUACUCAACCAAUGAAGUUUCCCAUUGAGUCUGAUAAAAGCCUAACAUUGUGUAAUGCAUUAGCCCAAAGAUCACAAUUCAAUGGCUACUUGGGAGCUCAGGAUUUAAGAAUUUUGUCUAUGAUGGAUCCUGCACGGAGGCUAAAUAUUUUCACAUUAUCACAACCUGGUGGACAUCCAAGAAAUUGGAAUAAUUUGUUGGAACAAUGUCUUUAUAUUAUAAAUGGUUUUAGUAAAGAACUGGACAAUAUUAAUGGGGAUGGAAAACAAAAUGAAAUGAAUAUCUCUGGGCAAAAAAAAUUGAUGAAUAUUAGUCCCAAAACUGGUUUGUAUUCAAGUAAACUAAGAAAUUUGGCUGAUUCCCCAAAGUUGAUUGAACUCAAAGAUUAUAAUAAAAAUAAGGUUGAGAACAAUUUUGUGAAUAUAGUUAAGGGUGAAUUGAAUUUGCUUGUGAACAAAUUGUGCCAAAAACCAGGCAUCCAUUAUUUCUUUGGUGAAUUGACAGAUACAAAGCUAAAAUAUUUAUUGCUGCAUGCUCAGCCAGUAAUGUGGACUUGUGAAGGAUUGGCCUUCAUAGCUGCAGCUUCAUUGACUGAGGACAAAUAUGGAGUAGUGCAGAAUGACUUGCCUGUGGUGAUGUCAGCACUGGUGAAUCUCAAACAGAGUUUGGACAAGCUGAGCAAGCCUGGCCUGGUGCCUAGAAAGCACAUUCUCAAUGAUUUGUUUGCAAUAAAAAUAAAAAGUGCUCUCAACUCAGCAGUCAAGAGGAGUAUCUAUAAAAUUGUAUUGACAUUCUCAAAGUUUAUUCAUGAAAUACCUCUUGAUCCUGAUGUUCAAAUUGCCAUACAACCUUUUUUAUUGUGUAAAGAAGCUUAAUUAUCUUUUAUUCAAGUUCUAAUUUUAAAUAUUUAGCUGUAAACUUAUUUUUGUAAUAAAUUAUUGUAAAUGAAA